UAAUUAUAUUAAAAACUAAUGAGCAAUUUACUUUUUAAAAGUUACAUUGGUCACAUAUUAUGCCGGUUGCCAAUUACACAACGCAAACCAGUCAAGAUGACUUUGUCAAUCUCGCAUACGACGAUAAAACAAGCACUAAUUCAGAUGACGUCACAAUAGAGUUCGAGGGAGUGGACAGACUUCCGAUUCCCGGGAGGGCAUCCAAUAGUCAGUGUCACUUUGAAAAUGAAAAGACUGUGACCAGUAUGGAUUUUAAAACUUCAGCAACCCAGACUUCUUUUUACGAUUUUUUUAACGCUCCAACUGAGAUAAGCGACGAAGACACCAAAUGGCUGGCCUGGAUGGAGAUUCAGUUUAAGAAGAUCGCUGGAAGCAAGGGACUCAUAGAGUUAGAAGAUUUCAAGAGUGCUUUAGGCGUGAAAAAGUCCUUUUUUGCCGAGCGUUUCUUUUCGCUAUUUGACACGGACAAAAGUGGAAGUAUUGAAUGCAGCGAACUGAUCGAUGGUCUCCGGAUGUUAACAAAAGGCACACCUGCGCAGAAACUUAAAUUCCUGUUCAACGUUUAUGAUAUUGAUGGUUCUGACGCCAUUGAUCGGAAUGAAUUGAAAAUAGUUCUCCAGUCUUGUAUGGAAGAAAGUUCCCUGUCAUUCGGAGAGAACGACCUGAACAAACUGACAGAAGUUUUGUUUAAUGCCGCGGACAACGACAAUAAUGGAAUCAUCACAUUCCAGGAACUCAAAGCACAAAUCGAACAGCAUCCAGGAGUCAUGGAAAACCUCACCCUCAGUGCUGCCAACUGGUUGAAACCGCCUGGAGACAGUAAAGGGUUCAGAAUGAGAUGGACGAAAUCAUUCACGUUGAAAUACAUCGUCAACAAUUUACGGAAGGUGUUGUUUCUAGCUUUGUACAUUACAAUCAACAUCAUACUGACUGUAUACACAAUCUACAGAUACAGGGACUCAAACGGAUUUGUGAUUGUUGCUCGCGUCGGGGGAAUGAAUCUUAAUUUCAACUGUUCCUUCAUACUCGUAUUUCUUCUUCGGAAUUGCAUCACCUACCUACGAGCCACAUUCCUGGCAAAUUACCUCCCCUUGGACCAGCAUAUUGAUUUCCACAAACUGGUUGGGAGAUUGAUUCUUUUCUUUGCAAUUCUCCACAGUGUUGCUCAUAUUGGGAAUGCUCUUUACAUAGAGCAUUCGAUGCCACAAAGCAACCUGACGUCAGUGGAUAUUUUGUUCACGACCAAGGCAGGAAUUGGAUGGGUGGGUGCGUCCGCCUACAUCACAGGAUGGCCCAUCCUCCUUAUACUGAUCACAAUGUUUAUCUGCUCCCUUCCCUUUGUGAGGAGAGGGGGGUACUUUGAGGUCUUUUAUUGGACACACAUGCUGUAUAUACCCUUUUGGAUCCUCCUUAUUCUUCACGGACCAAUAUUCUGGAUGUUCUUUAUUGGACCCGGCCUGAUAUUUCUUGUAGAGAAGAUAUCAAGGUCCAAGCUGUUUAAGAAAGCGAAAUACGGUGGUACGCACAUAUCGGAUGUCAACCUUCUGCCGUCAGGGGUAUGUCACUUAAUAAUAACAAGACCUGACAGCUUCAGAUACCAACCUGGGGAUUACAUUUUUAUCCAGAUUCCAGUAAUUGCUGCACACGAAUGGCAUCCGUUUACUAUCAGUAGUGCACAGGAAAUUAAAGAUAGUCUUUGGCUUCACGUGCGAUCGGCAGGGAACUGGACUAGGAAGUUGUACAAAUAUUUCUCCGAGCUGGACCCGAUAAAUGAGGGUAAACCGGAGGUAGUUCUACAGAAGAGACGAUUGACGCUCUCUCCAUCACUGCUCAACUUUAAAGCAUCUGGCCAUUCGUCUGGAAGACGAGGAACUCAAUAUUUAGAAAAAAGUCAGAAACAGCUUGCGCACGAAAAGAGGGUUGCUCAGAAGAAUAAGAAAGUUCAAGUCGAGUGUUACAUUGACGGACCGUACGGGACGGCCACCAGAGAGAUCUUUGACACAGAGCACGCGGUUCUGAUAGCAGCGGGAAUAGGCGUCACACCAAUGGCGUCUAUACUCCAGAGCGCCAUGUACAGGUACAAGGCGUCAAUGAGCACCUGUCCCCGAUGUCAGCACAGCUUCUAUGGCCCGGUCUCUGACCAGGCUAUGGCUCUGAAAAAGGUGGAUUUUAUCUGGAUAAAUCGAGAACAGAAAUCAUUCGAAUGGUUCCUAGGGCUACUGAAUCACAUUGAAAUGGAGCUGUGUAACGAGAUCAAAACCACGGAGAAGAUGAUAGAGAUGCACAUGUUCAUGACGGCAGCCCAGGAUAAGACGGAUAUGAAGGGUGUGGGUCUACAGAUCGCUCUGGACCUGAUUCACAAGAGAGACAAUCGGGAUUUGAUCACAGGUCUUCAGACGAGGACACAGGCGGGGCGGCCAAACUGGGAGAAGAUUUUUGAUAGAAUUUCUAAAGAGAAGAGAGGCAAAGUAAAAAUAUUCUUUUGUGGUUCACCUCAGCUUGAAAAAAAUAUCAAAAAGAUGUGCAUGCGCUAUCGUUUUAACUUUUCUAAAGAAAAUUUCUGAGGAAUAGACACACUGCUUACAUAUUAACUUAUUCCCACAUGACAUCGCUAUGCAGAUAAUGUGUAAAGGUUUAAGUGAUACUUAAUCGCCAAGUAUCUUUUCAUCUUUCACAUUUAUGAAGACAUUGAUAUUUAUUGUAUUCCCUAUUUAGUAUGUAUAAGUCGUAUUUGUAUUUCAGUCUCUCAUAAUAUUUCAGCAAGAUUUAUCUGUUUCCUUUUGUGACGCGUUUCGUUAUAAGUUAUAGGCAAACCUCCUGUGUUUUCGAACUAUUAAUUAUUUCAAGCCUAAAUCUAAUGCAUCGUUCUCAGUAAAUACUUAAAAAUAUGUAUUUUUGGAUCGUUUAUGGCAUAUAUAUUAUCAUAUAUGUAAAUAUAAACCAAAAUGCACUUGUCUUCGACAAAAUAAAAAACAAUAUACUUGUAUUAAAUAUAUGUAUGUUUUGUCUUGUUGUUUGAGGUGGCUAAAUAAACCUUAAAAUAGUAUCUCAAGCAGCAGAAACU